CAAGUAGGAAAUAGCCGAUCCUAUCGUUUCCAGCGAAACUGUUCGAACAAUUACGAUGCUUGAGCUGGUUUUCGUUUCCCUCAUUUAGCAAACCUUUUUUCUUAUUACAGAGAAUCAAUGGCAGUUUUGUUAUCUACAGGUGCUGCAACCAAGCUAAGCUCCAUUCUUCUCAACAAUAAUGGUAGCAGUCAAGAAGUCUCAUCAACUGCUCGGACUAAUUUCACAGGCUUCAGCAUAGAGACCAAGACACACUACAAGAGAUUAUCAUUUGUUAAUUUAGCUGUUAGGAAUCAGACAAGCGUUGAAUUAAAACAGGGAAAUCGUGCCAAAAUAGCACCAAGGAAAGGUGGUAGAGACUUAGUUUUGAGCGAGGGAAGAGAGGAUGAUGACAAGUACGGGCCUAUUUGCCCUGGUUGUGGGAUCUUUAUGCAAGAUAAGGACCCAAACCUUCCUGGGUAUUAUCAGAAAAGAAAAGUUAUCACUAAAGAAAUUGAAUUAGCAGAGGGUGACGAAGAAGAAAUUGAAGAUGAUUUUGUAGGGUUUGAGGAUGGAAUUGAAGGGGAAGACGAAGAGUUUGAGAAUAGAAUAGUAAGUAAUUCUGAAGGAAGUUAUGGGGACAAGGAUAAUUUGGAAGAUGAUGAAGAGUUUGAUUGGGAUUCUGAUGAAUUUGAAGCAAUUUUACAAAAUAAAGAUGAUAGUUUGGAUUUUGAUGGUUUUACUCCUGCAGGUGUUGGGUAUGGUAACAUCACCGAGGAGAUAAUAGAGAAAGAGAGGAAGAAAAAGGAAAAAGGGAAGGUGUCAAAAGCAGAGAAGAAGAGGAUGGCUAGGGAGGCCAAAAAGGACAAGGAUGACGUUACAGUGUGUGCUCGGUGUCAUUCUUUGAGGAAUUAUGGGCAGGUUAAGAACCAAACAGCUGAAAAUUUGAUUCCUGAUUUUGAUUUUGAUAGAUUUAUUGCAAAUAGAUUGAUAAAAUCAAGUGGUAGUGGCAGUGCUACUGUUGUUAUCAUGGUUGUUGAUUGUGUUGAUUUUGAUGGCUCGUUUCCUAGACGUGCAGCAAUGUCCUUGUUUAAGACAUUGGAAGGAGCCAAAAAUGACCCUAAGGCUAGCAAAAAGCUGCCUAAGCUUGUUCUUGCAGCUACAAAGGUUGAUCUUCUCCCAUCACAAAUUUCACCUACUAGAUUAGAUAGAUGGGUUAGGCAACGCGCUAGGGCUGGAGGAGCGCCUAAGCUUAGUGGAGUUUAUUUGGUUAGCGCUCGUAAGGACUUGGGUGUGAGGAAUUUGUUGUCAUUUGUCAAGGAGUUGGCUGGUCCUCGAGGGAGUGUAUGGGUUGUUGGGUCUCAAAAUGCUGGCAAGUCCACUCUAAUAAAUGCAUUUGCAAAGAAAGGAGGGGCCAAAAUAACGAAGCUCACUGAAGCUGCAGUUCCUGGAACAACACUUGGGAUUUUGAGAAUUGGAGGGAUUCUAUCUGCCAAGGCAAAGAUGUAUGACACUCCAGGGCUUCUGCAUCCAUAUUUAAUGUCCAUGCGAUUGAACAGAGACGAGCAAAAAAUGGUUGAAAUACGUAAGGAGCUACAACCUCGAACAUAUAGGAUGAAGGUUGGACAGGCUGUACAUGUUGGCGGCUUGCUGCGACUGGACCUUAAUCAAGCUUCUGUAGAAACAAUAUAUGUCACAGUUUUGGCAUCACCAAGUGUUUCUCUACACUUGGGGAAGAUAGAAAAUGCUGACGAUUUUUGGACAAACCAUGUUGGGGUUCGAUUACAGUCAGAGGUAUGCAAAACUUACCUUGAAUAAAGAAGACAAAGACUGUUAAGGAUGUCUUCAAAGGAAUAGAGCAAAAUGAGAAGGAAUGAGGCCUAAUUUUAGCGAUUAUUGAAGUUGGGGGUAAGUGAGAGAGAAUUUGGAGAUGUUUGAUGUGCUUACCUGGUUGCUUUCCAAGUAGGAAGCCAAUUGGAACUUUAUUCACAUUAUCAUAAAAUUUUUAGCAAAUGAUGACAUCUUCAUAUCAAACAGUAUGUAAUGAAAACAUGCAUCUUGUGUGCAUGAGUUGCUUGUUAUGUUGAAAAGCAUCGAGCAUUAUGACUCAUGUCAAAUGCAAUGAACUGACUAUCAGGUUCUUAGGAAAUAUUUAAAAUUCAGUUUGGCAUAUUGUUCCCUUAGCUGCUUUUAGAUAAUCACAUUCUGAAAUAUGUUAGUUGGGGGUGUUAAAAAUUGGUUUGAAGGCUAAAUUUAAUAUGUUUUAGAUAUGAGAAUCCCCAGAACAACUAAAAAAGCAGCUUUUUGGAAACCCAACCACAAUCCCAAAUGGAGCUGUAGUAGUUUCUGUCUAAAAACAGAAUGCAUGACUAAUUGAAUAAAUUUGACUUCAUAAGAAGGCUUCUUUUUGUAGUUCACAUAGGCACU